AUGGCACAUGAACCAGCAAGAGCCAUGGCAGGCCAAGCCAGGCAACGCUUUCAAGAGAGUGAAGAGGACCGCAUCACUCGCAGCGCUGGACACUUCUCCGAAUUCGAAGCCGACAUGCCUAAACUCGCGAACCGAUUUCAGUUCUCCUUCAAGGACAACCUGUCUUCAUACCUUGGGCGCAAUAACCCAUUCUACUCUGAAGCCAACGACGACACCGACUAUGUCUGGCUUCUAGACAACACAGCCUAUCAGAACCGCCUGGGUAGAUGGAAGGCCGAGUUCGUUGCUGCCUACUUUGUCAGGCACAGUGGCAAAGACCUAUCUGAAGUUGUAGCUUGGGUCAGCGAGAAGAUCGGCCUGGCUGACGACGAGGAAGCAAAGAAGACUAUUGCGCUCAGACUUGAGCCAUUCCUGGACGCUAUCCUGCCCGCGCACGCCGUCAACAUCAACCUCCAGGGCAUGAAAGUCAGACUCGGUCCUAGUGGGCGAGACGGCAUCAGCAUAGAUGAGCUCGCGAUCCCGGGCUCAAAUUACAAGGAUGGCGAGACAGUCACAUCAAGAGCGAUCGGCGCGACCGCAACACCCCUCAAGACUACCUUCGCGAAGAACAAAGGCUGGGCCGUCCUCUCGGACAUUGAUGACACCAUCAAGAAGACCCUAACCUCAUCACCUGUUGGCAUUCUGAAGACUACGUUUGCAGAGGAUCCAGAACCUAUCAAUGGCAUGCCAGAGCUUUACAAGCACAUUGUCCAGAAGCUUGACAAUCCACCCUUCUGGUACCUCUCCGCGUCACCCUACAACCUUUACCCCUUUCUCCACCAGUUUCGUGAGACCUAUUACCCUGCCGGAACCAUGCUUCUUCGCGACGCCUCUUGGAUGAACCUUGCCGGGUUCCUUGCCAACUUGACCCAGGGUACAGAAGCUUACAAGCUCGACCGAAUUGAGAAGGUCCACGAGUGGUUCCCCAAGCGCAAGUUCAUACUGAUCGGUGAUUCCACACAAUCCGAUCCUGAGGCCUACGGCGAAGUAUACAAGAAGUUCCCCAAGUGGAUCGGCGCAAUCUAUAUCCGCAAAGUCACUGGUGUUGCAGAGAUGGACGAAGGUAAAAAGAACAGUCCCGAGCGCUUCGAGAAGGCGUUCAAGCACGUGCCGAAGGAGCUCUGGUAUGUCUUUCAAAACCCCAACGAACUGUAUGCGAAAGUCGAUGCUCUGCCACCGUCUAUAAAACCUGUGCCGCCAGCAACUAUGCGCAACACCACAAUGAUGGAAGAGCACCCGUACAAGGAUCCUGAUCCGGUCCCCAUCUAUAUUCUCUUCACUUUCGCCGUUCUGUUCUGCGCCUACUUCGCAUGGCUUAGCUCUGUCGCAGUGCGCCUCUACUUUUACAAAGGCGCUCUCGCUCCAGAGCCAGAGAAGUUCGUCAUCCUACCGGCCUACCUGCGUGAUCGCAGCCCACAGCGCGGCCACCAAAGGCGUGUGACAGCGUUUCCCAUGCCUGCACCACCGAGAAGUCUCGCGCGCGAUCUUGCGCAUAUCUCGCGAGUUACGUGUAUGAACAUUGCAGUUGUAGACACAGAGCAGUUGCCUGAUCCAGAAAUUCGCGCCUUCCUCGCCGAGCAGCAGCGCAUCUCGCGACUUCCAGCUUUCGUGCAGGAUGACUGUGGUGACGGCUCCGACUUCCCAGGUAUCCCGUUCGCAAUCACUCCGGUCGAGGCUAAGCAACAGACCCUAACACCGCCCGGUCUCAACCGGAGACCUUCAGCCAAGUACACGUCUGUAGGUCUGAAGAAGGUCGGCCUGAAAGAGUGGCUUACGAUCGACAAGAGAUAUAAAGACAUCCACACAGCCCGCGACUACCUCCUCACAAAGAAGAAUGCCGAAUGCAUCCAGAUCAAGCACGACGGCGAAAAUGCUUGCGAGGAGCUUUUACAGGAAAUCGUCAAGUUGCUGGUAGCGAAGUACCCAGAGAGCUUCAGUAUUAAGACUGUCAAUCGACGCAAGCAUAUUCACAUCCCAGACGUUCUACCCCUCACUUCGUCCGUAGACCUCCUGACAAGAAGCACACUCUACAUCCAAACAUACCCUGAUGCUAGACCCCUCGCCCACCUCUUCUUUAUUCAGGAACCAAAGGACUUCUUCCCGGGUAAUUUGUCGUCUCUUCUACCGCAACAUAUCAUUGUGCGCCGCGAGCAUCAGACUUUUCGCCGGUUGCCUAAAUCAGGUGCCAUUAUCUACUCCACGCGAACCGAAGUCAACAGGCUUACAGAGCUGGAUGUUCACGGUAGAAGGAAGCUGGUGGAAGAGAUCAGAAGUUGGAACCGAGAGGUAGCCACGCGUAAGGGCUUAGAACUGUGGCAGCGGGCUGUCAUUGGAUACUGUGAGGGCAAGAAGGCCUUCAGGGACGAUGAUACAGUGAUUGACGGCGGUGAAUAG